UGUCUCAUAAAUUUCGUGGCUUAAAAGCUCACUUGAUCUCCAAUGUUAGGGAAAUUACAAUUCCAACUUUGCUUUUUUAUUUUUAGAGAGAGAAACUCCUUCAUAUUCUAGAGAGAGAAACAAAUUGGUAGGAGAGAGAGAAUCAAAUAUUAUCGCUCUGGAGUCGACCCAUUCCCUUCCGCGUCUUGGGAGGUACUUUUGCCGCUUGGCCUACAGGUUCCAGAAUAUCAUCUAAAAAGUUCAGUUUGUUUUACUAAGAUAUGGAGCAUGUCCACUUCUUGUCAAAUUGCUUCCAUUUUCAGGUCCUUUCAUUCCAGAAAGCUCUUGACUGGAGGUUCUCAAUUCUCGGAUUCCUUCUUGUUUCCUUUGUCAACAGCACCUAGUGCCCAAAUUUUCCUAAAUGAUCAGUAUAGGAGGCCUAAUGCAAUUGUCUACUAAGAAAUUUGUUGGAUCUUUAGUGCUCUCCUAUGAGUAAGUUGUCUCCUCAUGGUGUUGAGAGGUGGUUUCAUGCCGCUUUUGCUCCUUCUGAUCUUUUUUUACUUUCUUUUCGUUCCUCUUUGAAUCUCUUAUCAGCGGUUUGUGGAGUAUAUAUCAAGUCGAGAGUUUCAGAAAGAUAUCUUGUGGGUCUCCUGCAGGGCUGAUAAUUGCAGGCUGAGGAAUGCAGAUUGCUUUUGUAGUCACCACUAGAUAAGCCUAUCAAAUUAGACUCUUUGUGCCCGUAGUAUUUUCUUUGUUUCUUCGGGUGUCUGUUAGGUGAGUAGGUGUCAAUUUCCAGACAGCUGUGGAGUUCUGUGGUAGCCUUGGUGUUAUGACGUGAAACAGGGAUUUUCUUAAAGAACAUGUUCUUGAGUCUCCAAGCAUCUCCGCUAUUUACCCUUUUGGACUGUCUCAGAGUCUCUGGUCAUGAAUUUACUGUGAUUAGUCCCACAACUUAAGCCAAUUACUGGAGUUCACAUCUUGUGUCAGUGCUGUUGGGAUAGAAAAUCGAAGGGUGGAUUCUGCUGGAUCAAUACAACCACACAAUCUAUUAUCGUAUAGUGUUAUUUACAGACAUCUAUUGGGCAUCGUUGUCUUAUGUUUCUCGUGUUAGUGAUUUGUCAAUUUUGUUGAAUUAAGAGACCUUCAUCAGAUACUCAGCUUUAUCGUUUUCUGACUUAACAAUGGAGAGGUACAAGCUAAUUAAGGAAGUUGGUGAUGGAACUUUUGGGUGUGUUUGGCGUGCUAUAAAUAAACAGAGUGGAGAAGUUGUUGCUAUAAAGAAAAUGAAGAAAAAAUAUUAUUCCUGGGAUGAAUGCAUUAAUCUAAGAGAAGUGAAGUCACUAAGGAAGAUGAGCCAUCCAAAUAUUGUGAAGCUGAAAGAAGUUAUUAGAGAGCAUGAUAUCUUGCAUUUUGUGUUUGAAUAUAUGGAGUGCAAUUUGUACCAACUUAUGAAGGAUAGAGGAAGGCCCUUUUCUGAAAAUGAACUCAGAAAUUGGUGUUUUCAAGUAUUUCAAGCCCUUGCCUACAUGCACCAGCGUGGAUAUUUUCAUCGUGAUCUUAAACCAGAGAAUCUGCUGGUAUCAAAAGAUGUUAUCAAAAUAGCUGAUUUUGGUCUUGCACGAGAAGUAAGUUCUGGGCCACCUUAUACAGAAUAUGUUUCCACACGCUGGUAUAGGGCUCCUGAAGUUCUGCUGCAGUCUCCCACUUACACUUCUGCUGUGGAUAUGUGGGCAAUGGGUGCGAUAAUGGCAGAACUGUUUACUCUUCGUCCACUUUUUCCUGGGUUAAGUGAAGCAGAUGAAAUCUAUAAAAUAUGCAGUGUCAUCGGAACUCCAACAGAGAACUCUUGGGCUCAUGGGCUCAUGCUUUCUAGAUCAAUGAAUUACCAGUUUCCACAGCUUCCUGGCGUGCAUCUUUCAAGUCUCAUACCUUCAGCAAGUGAUGAUGCAAUCAGCCUUAUUAGGUCACUUUGUUCCUGGGACCCCUUUCAGAGGCCAACAGCAGCAGAGGUCCUUCAGCAUCCCUUCUUUAAGAAUUGUUUCUAUGUCCCGCCAUCUCUACGGCCUAAAGCAACUGUCAACAGAACACCCCCAUCAUUGGGAACCAGGGGAUAUUUUGAUCAGAAAUCUGCGAGGAAGAGUUCUGGUCCUGGAACUCAUCCCGUCUCUAAGACCACAAAUCUGAAACCUCAUGUUGCCUUUGGUGCGGGUGUACAACGCAAACUGGAAAUGGAUGGCAAGGAUUUAAACAAGAAUGACAAAUCUGUUAAGAGCUCUGUUAAACAGCCAAAAUAUCGGCCACCAGCUAGGAACAGCCCAUCCUCCAUAUACCCAGGUAGGACCACUCGUGGAGUAAGUGAUACAGCAGAGAAGCUGUCCAACAUGUCUCUGGGUUCUGGCAGGCAAACAAUCAGGCAAUCAGUACCACCACCUAUGAAGGCUGGAGGAUGGCAUGGCCAAUCUAACAUGUUUAUGGGACGAUCUCAGGAGAUCCAACCCAGCAGAACUUUUACGAGAAAAGUUGCAGGAUGAUCUGUUCUUAUCACUGAGGUUUAAAAUAAGGCAACAAGCAACAUACAGCUAAAGUUCAGGCAGUUGCAGUUGGAAAUUCUAUAGUGUUUUAAAUUUGUUUUUUUUUUUUUUUUUAACUACUGGUGUGGUGUUCGCUAAAUGUUUUCCUGGAGGAGUGACAAUGUCAGACUAUCUAGUUUUUAUUACCUGUGUUUACCUGUUGUGUAUUUCAACUUAAAUAAUGAUAACUUUUAAACUUUAUAUGGAUAAUAUUGCUUUGAUUAUAUACUUUCAAGAAUUUGCAUUGGC